ACUACAGGACUUUUAUUUCCCUUUUUCUGAACUGCUGAAGAAAAUGUUUUGCUUGUUUGUUUUUUGCUGUUUGUGCUUUUGGCAUCUGGUUGUGUUUGCUGAUCCAGAUGCAGUGAAGUCAGUGACGGAGGGAGAAUCAGUCACUCUACAGACUAAUGUUACUGGACUACAGAAUAAAACUCUGAUUACAUGGACAUUUGGACAUUCAACGACUAAAAUAGCUGAGAUCUAUAGAGAGGAUAGAAUCUUCAACACAUCUGAUGGUCCUGAUGGGAGAUUCAGAGACAGACUGAAGCUGAACAAUCAGACUGGAUCUCUGACCAUCACAAACACCAGAACCACAGACUCUGGAAAUUAUACAGUAAACAUCAAAGCCAGAAAUCAGACCACAUACACAUUCAAUGUUACUGUCUAUGGCUCUGCAUCUCAGAAAAUGCUGAUCUCUGCAGCUGUUGCUGGAUCUCUGUUGAUUGCAGCUGCUGUCGGGAUCUACUGGAUCUGCAGGAGACACAGAAAAACAGACCAAGAAGGAACAGAUCAGACUCGUAAUGAAGAGAUCACUUACGCUGAUCCGACAUUCUACAAACAAAAAGCACAGAAACCGGGAGUCAAACAGGAGGAUGAGGUGGUGUACGCAGGCGUCCUCACGAGAAAUUGAUCAAAUCCCCAAUCAAUGAUGUUAGUAAAGCACGCUAGAAAGAUGGCUAUGGUGACAAAGCAGAUUAUAAAGCUGUCUUUCUGCCCAAAAAUGUUUUCAUAUUGUUGCGAUCAAAAUAAGUGAAAAGACUCACUUGAUGAUUCUAUGCUUUGCUUUUAUUAACGUAAACGCUCAUGAAAACCACAGCAUGGGCUCCGAAUUCAAAAAGAACACAAACACAGGAUACAUGGCUUAAAUCACACCUGACAGAACAUAACACACUUUUCAGACUUGCUUCAAUUUGUACAGAAAGUAUGCCAGCACAUAUGACAUUACAAAGCAAUACAGCGUUAGCAUUCAGCUUGAAACUCAUCUUUAUGUAUGUUAAAUUGUGGGGUAAAACCAGACCCUAGGUUAUAUAUUGUACUGACUACUCAUCAAUUAAUAUUUGGCAUCUUAUAUUCAGUGUGACUUUUUGUCAGAAUCUAUUCAAAGACAUCCUUUAGAUUUGUGUUGUACAAGGGGUUGCAAGGUUAGAUAGUGUUAGUUAGCAAGACAAACCCAGUUUCCAUUAGAAGUAAUAUACAACAAUAUACACAAACUACACAAUCAAAAGUGUAUUCAGAUGUAAUUUAAUCAAUUUAUAUUAAAAACAACAUUUUUCAAGCAGUUUACCAGUUAGCUCUUGGGACAAAAUGGUGUGUGAGAAAAA